AUGACUUUUUCAAGAUCACACUUUCAAGGAACUCAUGACAGUGAAGCCGGCCCAAGUAGAAUUACACAUGUUAAUGAUUUUGCACUUGAUGAUAUGGAUGUUGAUGAAGCUUUGGAGGAUGCAGCAAUAUCAUAUGUUAACAUGGACGCCAGAGAAAAUGGUGCAUUAUCACGUCGUCCUCAAGAUGAAAUGGAUGUUGAUGAAGCUUUGGAGGAUGCAGCAAUAUCAUAUGUUAACAUGGACGCCAGAGAAAAUGGUGCAUUAUCACGUCGUCCUCAAGAAUCAGGACAUGCUUUUCGAGUAAAGCACAAUAUUGCUCGAAAUUUCAAAAAUAAUAUGAUGAUGGCAAAAUCUCGGUUGCCUCAUCCAUUUACCUGUAGACACUGCAAUGCAAGAUUGUUUCAUCAUGAAUCACGUGACACGUGUUGUAAUGGUGGAAAGGAAAAUCCACAGCUGCACCAAAAUGUAGUUCACAAAUUACAGAAAAUGCUCCAUCAGUUUAAUCCUUUUGUAAUUAGGUUCAAGCAACUUUCAAUACUUCCAAAUAUCAGUGAAUGUAGCCUCAUACUUAAGGAGCGUCCAAGUAAUCACCAUCAAUAUAAUCUUCCAACUGCUGAACAAGUUGCGACAAUUAUUGUUGGAUGUGAUGCAGAUUCUAUGGAUUAUGGAAGGGAUAUUAAUGUCAUUAGUUGUGAUGGAAAUCUCAAGAAAGUUCAAGAGACAAAGGGAUAUUAUGAUCCUUUGCAAUACCCUGUAUUGUUUCCAUUUGGGACGCAUGGUUGGGACAUCAACACAACAAAUUGCAAUGGACGAAGAGUGUCAUGUCGAGCAUAUUACAGUUACAUGCUUCAGAUUCGCCCAAAUGAUCAAUCAAUGUUGUUAAAUGCGGGUCGACUGUUGCAACAAUAUGUUGUAGACAAUUAUGUCAAAAUUGAAUCAGGGAGAUUAAGGUGGAUUAAAGAGCACCAAAGUGAUAUACGUUCUGAAUUGUACCAAGGUUUACAUGAUGCUUUGCAUGUUGGUGAAACUAAUGCAGAGAACAUUGAAAAAAGAACAAAAUUGUCAUCAUCAUUUAUUGCCGGUCGUCGAGACAUGACACAAUGUUAUGAAGAUGGCAUGGCUAUUGUUCUUAAUGGCGGUAAACCAGAUAUUUUUCUAACAAUGACAUGCAAUCCUUCUUUGAGUGAGAUAACAUCAGAACUUUUGUCUUUUCAAACACCACAAGAUCGUCCAGAUUUGCUAACAAGAAUAUUUCGUUCGAAAUUUGAGAAAUUGAAGGAUGAUGUUAUUAAUAAAGGAGUCUUGGGUAAAGUUAAAAGCUACAUGUAUGUCACUGAAUUUCAAAAGCGAGGACUGCCGCAUGUGCAUAUGUUGUUGGUCUUAGAAAGUAACGAUAAGUUGCGUGACCCAAAAGAUUAUGAUAGUAUGGUAAGAGCAGAAAUACCUAAAUUAGAAUGUGAACCACAGUUGCAUGAAGUUGUUGUAAGACAUAUGAUCCACGGACCUUGCGGCAUAAUCAACCGAAAAUCUCCAUGUAUGAAAGACAGACAUUGUAAAAAAAGGUAUCCCAAACAAUUCUUGGAUGAAACACGUCAAGGCACUGACUCAUAUCCCGAGUAUAGGAGAAGGUUUGAUGAGUCUGUAUCGUUAGGUAAAGAUAGGUCUGUCGAUAAUAGAUGGGUGGUUCCUUAUAACCCUUGGUUACUGUUAAAGUAUGACUGUCACAUCAAUGUAGAGAUUUGCAGUAGCAUUAAAAGUAUCAAGUAUCUAUACAAAUAUGUGUACAAGGGCCCUGGUCGUGUGGCUAUGGAGGUUCAUAAAGGAUCAUACAUGGAUGAAGUUCAGCAAUAUGUUGAUGCAAGAUGGGUUUGUCCUCCCGAGGCAUUAUGGAAAAUAUUUCGAUUCACUCUUUACCGAUUAUAUCCUUCGGUUGAAAGAUUGCAGAUCCACUUGCCGAACUGCCAUCAAGUGCGUUUUUAUGAUCAUCAGCAAAUUGCAGAUGUGUUAAAUAAUGAACGCAACUCCAAAACAAUGCUCACGCAAUUCUUUGCAUUGAAUCUACGAGAUCCACAAGCAAGAAAGUAUCUGUAUAGAGAGAUUCCAGAGGAUUAUUGUUGGAACAAGCGGGAUAUGGAAUGGCAUCGUCCAACCAGUUGGGAAUAUCUUCUUACAAAUAAUGGCAUGACUUUCAGUACAUUCAAAAAAUCAGCCGAGGAUAGGGGAUUUCUAGAGACUGAUCAUAGUAUUCGUGAUUGUUUGGUUGAGGUUAUGAGUCUCCGAAUGCAAUAUGCUUUACGAAGGUUAUUCGUGACGAUUUUAAUAUUUUGUGAACCUACUGAUGUUAGAGGCCUUUGGAAUGAGUUUUUUACACAUAUGGUAGAGGAUUAUCAAACAGCUAACAAUGUUGUGGAAUCAGACUUAACUAAUAUGUUGUUGAAGGACUUGAAUGAACUCUUAAACCUGCACGGUAAAAAGAUUGAUGAUUAUGAUCUCCCAUCUUUACCCCCUAAUACAAUAGACAGAGGUGCAGUUCCAAGUAUCAUACAAGAGGAGUUAGCGAUCGAUAUCCCCAAUGAAGAUAUUGAAUUUAUUGCUAAGUUAAAUAAUGAUCAAAUGAUUGCAUUCAACACCAUUAUGAAUGUAAUUGUUCAAAAACACAGUGGGGUAUUUUUUGUUGAUGGUCCAGGAGGAACAGGUAAAAAAUUCCUUUAUAGAACAUUAAUGGCAAGUUUAAGAAGUAGAGGAGAAAUUGUCUUAGCAACUGCAUCAUCUGGUAUAGCUGCAACAUUGUUACCCGGUGGUAGGAUUGCACACUCUCGAUUUAAGAUCCUUAUUGAUAUUCAACCGAGUUCCAUUUGUGGUAUUGAAAAGCAAAAGGAUCUUGCAAAUCUCAUUAGAGUUGUUGCCGCAAUAAUUUGGGAUGAAGCACCAAUAACAAACAAAAUUUUUUUGGAAGUCUUAGAUCGAUCAUUACAAGACAUUUGUAGCAACAAUGCUCCAUUUGGUGGAAAAGUUCUGAUCAGGGGGGGAUUUUCGUCAAGUUCUUCCUGUUGUAAGAAAAGGGGUGUUUCACAGACUACAACAAGAGUUUUAACCAGGGAAGGAAAAUUGAAAGGAGAAGAUGGUGACUACACAAAAAAUGUAGUCUACAAACAAAUUCUUUUAUCGCACCCGCAGAUAACAGACUCUGAAGAUAAAUGGAACACAUGGAAGGAUGAACAAAGUAUUUCAUCCAUCGGCAAACUCGACAAUAAGGUGUAUUUAUCUUCUCCGUAA